CCCCGCUCUCCAGGCCCCACUCCACCCUCCACCCUCACCCUCCUGCCCUCCUGCCCUCCCCUCGGCCUCGGUCAUCCCCCCGGCUGACACUCACUCACGCCCUCGCAGCCCAUCCUCCUCCUCGUCCAACUCGCAGUUAUAUCUCUUGCAUACGGGCACGUCAACGCCGGCACUCCCGGCCAGGCAUCCCCGCCACCAUACCACCAUGCCCUCCCUCUUCCGCCAGAAACGGCGGAGUACCAUCUCCACACCCGGCGCCACCACACCACUCGGAACUCCCCCAAACGUCGAAGUGACCGUCGAACCACUCGCACUGCACAAGCUCCGCACACUGCUGCACCGCGGGUCGCGCCUCAGUCUCCGACUCGGCGGUGACGACAGCCGUCCGCAGAGCGUGCGACUGCCCACGCCAGAUCCAGCAAAGGCGCAUUCCGAACCGCCGGCCCUCGCACAUAAGCCUGACAGCGGUAGUGCUAGCACCACCCCGCCAAGCGAGCUCACGCCCCUCUCCGAGCCCGAGCCAGAGGCCGUCGUCCACAACCCAACCACAACCAUGCUCGCUGACAAUCACACUCAUCCCGAACCCCGCUUCGCAUGCCCCGCCACACCCCCCCAGAACCCCGCAUCCCUUACCCCAUCUCCUGCCACCACCCGCCCACCUAAAGCCACUUCGGCGCCGUCACCCACCCGCCCACCAUUGACAAUCGACACCAACGUCGCUUCUCCCUCAUCAUCUCCAUUCCACACGCCCCAUGCCUCCGCCCCUCCGUCACCUGAACUACACUUUGCAACGCCCGAACCGUCGUCGCCGGCCUACGACGCCCGCAUCGGAAGCGACGCAGUGGCUCUGGCCAUGGCCCGCAGACGGAGUUCGGCUGUCUCGGCCAUGUCGGCCGUCUCAGCGCAUAGCGUCGGUUCCCCUCUGCGCAUGGCCGCGAUCCUUCAUUCACCCCCGAUGCCCAUCCCCAUCGCCAGAUUGCCCUCGCUCAACGGCGGAGGUUGCUCGCCAGGCUGGGGUGCCCUCGCGCUCCAGGGCGGCCCUCACUCCCCUGCUCUCUCAAGAGUCAACUCACGAGCCUCAACCUCUGGCGGCUUCCCCUUCCCACAUCUUGCUACCCCGUCCCGCAACAACAGUAAGGAGUUGACCGACGCCGAGGUCCGCCGAGCGACAAAAACAAUGCCGGUCAUGCUCCGCGUUCCAAGUCAUCAGCCACCGGUUGAGCCAGAAGAGGAGGAAGAAGAAGAUGACGAGGAUGACUCGGCCGAUGGGCAUGGCGGCACCGCCCCGCCCCUCGCCCAGGCUCCACCACCCGCUCAGUCGGCUUAUGUUAACAGGAGCGGAAGGAAUCUUGUGAUGGACCCCGUAACCGAGGAAUCGCGCUCUGGCACACCUCUGCCGGGCUCGAGGACGACUUCUUCGCUUGGGUCACCACCCUCGCAACGUCCUCACGGCUUCUUUGACCACGACCGUCUGCCUUCCGGCCCCGACGACACGCCAAGCUCGCUCGGGCUGCACUCGGUGCAAUCGUCGGGCACAAGCCAUCCCGAGGUAGAGGAUGACGCUUCGAGCCUGGAGGGCGAUAGUCUUGAUUCCGCGUCGGUGGAUGACAACGCCUCGGGCUCAGUCGCCUUGACGUCGAUCGCUACCCCUUCUCCUGCAACGCCACCAUCAGCCCCAAGACGGCCGGUGCUGUACACCCAGACUUCCCAGUCCAUGAUCAACUUGUCAACGCCGCACGCCGAGCGCACCGUUGCGCCGGCAACAGAGUCCCCCGAGGCUCUGCAGACCGUCGACGAGCUCCCGACUACUACGCCCGCACUUGAUCGCGAUUGGGCGCACCCUCCGACUACGCCAUGGGGUGUUACGUCGCCACCACCACUCAAGCGUCGGUUGUCUGCGGGCGACGCCGAUCCAGCACCUCCUCGGUACGAGUCGGUUCGGAUGGGGCGUGACGGGCCAGCUGUCAGGCCGCGUGAGGAGGAAGGUUGCGAGCGCCUUCCACCUUAUUGGUGCGGUGUGCACAUUGAGGGCACGCUCUCUCGCAAGAUGGAGUUUGUCCAGCCCGGUGUCCAAGCGCGUGACCGCGGAUGGAAGAAGCAUUACUUUGUGCUUCACGGCACAGCACUGUUCGUGUACAAGUUUGACCCCACCAAAGUGCCGCUGCGCAUGGGCGAGCCGUACCUCACGGCGGAUGAGACCGAGUCGCAGGAGUACCUGCAUGUACACCUUGCUCCGGACCACCACCGCGCGUCUGUUUCGACGCCGAACCCAGUGCAGGCAAUCAAGCAGGCGCGUCGCGCAACAGUCGGGCAAGAGGGUGCUCCGCGUAUCAACGUGAUCGCAACGGCGAUAUCGAAUGCGCGCAGGGGCACGAUUGGGAGCUCUACGCCUCCGCGCCGCGAAGGUGCCGGCGGCAAGGACCCCACGCUUUUCGAGAUCCCGAAGCGGCGGCAGAGCAGCAGUGCUGACUCGGUCGCUUCGUCUACGGCCUCGGCGCCCAUCGCCUCGCACAUGCCCUUUGCGCACAACCAGCUUCUGCACGUGUACAGCAUGCACGGAGCCGAGUCUGGCCUUGCUGCCGACUACAAGAAGCGGCUGCACUGCGUACGCGUGCGCGCCGAGGGGCAACAGUUUAUGCUCCAGACCGACACGGCGCGGCAGUGCGUACAGUGGAUCGAGGCGUUCCAAGCGUCUACGAAUGUAGCGAUGGACCUGGACACGCGCCCGAUGCCCGUGCAGCAGACUCUGCCGCGCCGCCGGCGCCGGCGACGCGUGCAGACCGAGCCGGCGGCGCCCGCUGCCGCGGCGGCAGCGGAGACGAGCGCACCGUUCUCGGACACGCCCGAGGGCAACAUCGCCGCAGUGAUCGCGGCGGAGCGCGCGGAGACCAAGCGCGAGCGCAUGCUCGCUGAGGACCAGCAGGCUGAGGCCGACGGCCGGUUCCGGACGUAGGGGAGUAGUAGAGUAGCAUGUGCGCACCAGCGCUGUAGAGUAGUGUACAUGUAACUAUGUUACGACGGACGUACGAAGUGUGCAC